AACACGUCCAGAAUCUCUCUCUCGCUCUCACUCACUCACACCGAAAAGAAGAAAAACCCAAAACCCAAAUCUCAAUAUGGAGAUCUUAUCUCAGAUGUGGUCAUUCCUCGGUCUCCUGACUGUCCUUCAAAACGUCCUCCCUUCUCAGCUCCUCUCUCUCCUCCACUCUCUCUGGGAAUCGCUCCAAGACUCGCUCAGUCCAUACUCCUACUUCGAAAUCCCUGAAUUCAACGGCUACUGCGGCGUCGACGUCAACGAUCUCUACCGCCACGUCACCCUCUACCUCAACUCCCUCGACCCCUCCACCACGUGCCGUCGCCUCACCCUCACUCGCCCCAAAAACUCCACACGUGUCUCCUUCACCGUCGCCCCCAACCACACGCUCGAAGACACCUUCAUGGGCCACCGCGUCUGGUGGACCCACCACAUCGAGACCGUUCAAGACUCGCUCGAGGAGAAGCGCAGCUUCUGCCUCAGGAUGCCAAAGCGCGACCGCACUCGCCUCCUCCCCUCCUACCUCGACUCCAUCUCCGCACGUGCGGAGGAGUUCGAGCGUGUCUCGCGGGAGCGCCGUCUGUAUACCAACACUGGCCAUGGAUCGUACGAGUCCGGGUGGGCCUCGGUCCCCUUCCGCCAUCCAUCCACGUUCGACACGCUUGCGUUGGAUCCGGAUCUCAAGGACGAGAUCACGUCGGAUCUGACGGCAUUCUCCAACGGCCGAGAUUUCUACCACCGGGUGGGCCGGUCGUGGAAACGCGGAUACCUGCUGUACGGCCCGCCCGGGUCCGGUAAAUCGAGUCUGAUCGCUGCGAUGGCGAAUUAUCUACGGUAUGAUGUGUACGAUCUGGAGCUGACGAAGGUGUCGGAUAAUUCCGAGUUGCGGGCGUUGCUGAUCCAGACGACGAACCGUUCGAUGAUCGUGAUCGAGGAUAUCGAUUGCUCGCUCGAUCUGACGGCGGAUCGGGUAUCGAAGAAGGCGAGGAGGGCGAUGGACGGUGGCGAUGAUGAUGUGGAGGGUCGGGUCACGCUCUCGGGUCUGCUGAAUUUCACGGACGGGCUGUGGUCUUGCUGCGGGGAAGAGAGGAUCAUCGUCUUUACUACUAACCACAGAGACAGUGUCGACCCGGCGCUCGUUAGAUACGGGCGUAUGGAUGUGCACGUGCGGCUCGGCUCGUGUGGGUUCUACGCGUUCAAGGUCUUGGCGGGAAGGUACCUUGGGGUGGAUGAGCACGUGCUGUUCCACGUGGUGGAGAGCAGCAUGCGGGCGGGUGGGGCCCUCACGACGGCAGAGGUCGGAGAGAUCCUGCUGCGGAAUAGGAGGGAUGCUGACGUGGCGAUCAGAGCAGUGAUCUCGGCGCUGCAGGGGAGUUUGCUGGAGGAUGGAGGGAGGGGUGGCGAUCUGACGGAUGGGAGUGGGCCAUCUGAGGAGUACGUGGGGAGAUCCGACGGUGAGGAUGGGCUGUCGUUGGAUUCGCCUGGGGGUAAGAGGAGGAAGGUGGGGUCCACCAGCUGGGAGAAGAAGGUGCGGUUCUUGGUGAAGCUUAAGGGGCUGACGAAAUCGGAUUCCGGAAGGAGAGGUGUGUGAUAGCCGUGUAAGUUAGAGGAGUUAGCAGCUAGGUACUAACAUGCGCAGAGUGCGGUGGAUCCAGAGUCCUCCAUGCAAACGGGUUUUUGGGUUUCUAAGACCUGCCAAUGUGAAAGGCAGGCAGAGAAUCCGUUCCGUUCAUCAGACCUGGUCCACCAUGUAGAUCCUAUCAUCUGAAUAUCAGACUCGUUCAUGUAUC